AUGGCAACAGGUGGGUAAAUUCUAAGGUACAAUGGUGGUACUUGCUACGCCAUGUGUUAAGAUGUAUUUUCAUGGUAUAACCCAUCAAUCUAAAUUUGUUGGAAGGGAUGUGAUUAUGCUACUGGUAGAAAGCAGAAGACAUGUGCAAAAGAUAUACAGCUGAAGCGAUGUGGACAAAAAAAGGAGAAUUAGAUAAUAUGGAAGACUUAAGAAUUCAUGCUGAUAUGUUCCCAGAAAACCCUAGAAAUAUUUAUAGAGCAUGUUUGGCUGGAGUUCGUAGAUAAAAAUAUUGAAUCAUAAUAGCAAAAUAUAAAAUAAUAUAUAGCAGUAUCAUAAGAUAAAUAAUUUUUAAUGUUGUCUUUUUAAUCCUUAAAUUCAAAAGAUAGCUUAGACGAAUUUCUACCUAUGUUUCAUAACAAAGACAAUAAAAAGGCUAUCUUAAAUCAAUAAGAAUAGAGUGUAAUCAAAUAUUUAAGACAAUUAGGAGUAAUCAUGAAAACAGAUCCGCUUAAAAAGCAACAAGAACAUUAUUAGUAAUAAUUAUUUAUGACCCUUAUUAGAUAAAUUAAAAUAGUUUAAGUAUUAGUUUCGCAACCUGAUAAUGAUGAUUAAGAUGUAGUAAACAUUUUAUCACCUAAUGAUGUAAGUCUUUUAAAAUAAAAUGUAAACGAACUUUGUACUUUUAAUAACAAAAUAAUCUUAAAUAAAAAAAGAGUAAAGCUAGAGUAAGAAAGAAAACAUUCUUUUGAGGACUUUGAUUUUCAGUGA